AUGAAAGAAAAGCUUUUCGGUGGUUCCGGAAGUCCGCUGAAGCCGGAAAUAUCAAUGAACAAUUUUGUCUCUCAGAGUGUUAUCGAUAUGGAAUUGGGACUAAAAAAGACGAAAACAAAAUCAUUCAGUGUUCCAUUAAAUCUGUUAGAGAUGGAUCCCCUGUUGAUGGAGAAAUGCUGGAAUAACGAUCCAUUCAAAAGACUAAGUGUCAGUGAAAUCAAACAACAGUUUGGUAAAUAG